GUCGCAGACCUGGCGCGCCUCUCGCUCUCAAAGCCCGUCUUCGUGGAGGUGAAGUCUGACGACUCCGUAGCCACGGUGUCUGGACUGACACAGGGCUAUGUCGUCUGCCCGGCUUCGAGCCGCUUCCUUCUGCUCUUCACCUUCCUCAAGAGAAAUCGAGACAAGAAGGUGAUGGUGUUUUUAUCGUCGUGCAACGCCGUCAAGUUUCACGACGAGCUGUUGAAUUACAUAGACGUCCCGGUCCAGUGCAUACACGGGCAUAAAAAGCAGGCAGCUCGCAGCUCUACCUACUACUCCUUCUGCGCCGCAGACAAGGGCAUUCUGCUGUGCACGGACGUGGCCGCGCGGGGCCUCGACAUCCCGAACGUAGACUGGAUCGUCCAGUACGACCCCCCUGACGAGCCCAAGGAGUACAUCCACCGGGUCGGUAGAACGGCCCGCGGCUCCGACGGCAAGGGUAAGGCGCUGCUCUUCCUGUUGCCCGAGGAGCUGGGCUUCCUGAUGUACCUCAGGAAGGCCGGCGUGCCAGUGGCGGAGUACAGCUUCCCACCCUCCAAGAUCGCCAACAUCCAGUCUCAGCUGGACGUCUCGUUGACUACUUCGCGGGCGAGAGGGAGAAGGAGGAAUGAUGCUGGUCUUCGUCGAUCUCAGUCGCAUGCACGUGGCCUUGUCAGCUAUGUGGAGGGCAGCAGCGCGCACAGGAGCGAGUUAUCGAGAAGAAUUAUCACCUGCACCGAAGUUCGAGGGACGCAUACAGAUCCUACAUGCACGCCUACGCAGCCCACAGCCACAAGGACUGCUUCGACGUGCACAAGCUGGACCUGGCCCAGGUCGCCAAGGCUUUCGGCUUCAGCGCGCCGCCAAAGGUGGAGCUGA